AAUACAAUGUUUUAAUAUAUUUGCAGAUAUACAAACUGCAAGUAAGAGGCGUAAUUCAAAAUGAGACUUACCCCACUCCUCGUGUUGUUGGUUCUUUUAGUUGGCACUUCUUCAGCUUGGAGAAGAAGACGUCGUCGUCGAAGAGCUCCGUCGCCAGUAAAUUGUGCGGUGUCAAAUUGGUCGGGUUGGGGAACAUGCAGCAGAAGUUGUGCAACUGGAAGUCAAUCUCGCACUCGAGGAAUAACUCGCCACCCAGCCCACGGUGGUAGCGGUUGUGGUGCAUUAAGUCAGUCAAGGUCGUGCAAUCGACAUAAAUGUCCAAUACAUUGUCGGUGGGGUAAUUGGGGACCGUGGUCGGAUUGCACAUCAUGUUUCCCAGGCGGAAGGAGUCGAUCCCGUAACGUCACAGUAGCCGCCAUGUUUGGAGGAAAUUCGUGUUCUGGACUUGCUGUUUCAACAGAUCACUCAUGUACUGCCGCUGAUCAUUGUCCAUUUGCUAUACAAUGCCCAAGUCGCAUGUAUUCGUGUUCAGAUGAGUUAACUUGCAUUCAGCCAAGAUUACGUUGCAAUGGCGACGAUGAUUGCACCGAUUUCUCUGAUGAGCAUGAAUGUCCUGCCAUACGAAAACCAUGCGGAAGUACAAGUAUAAGAGAAAUACCAUACAUUGAUAUUGCUGGGUUGGGAUACGACAUUACACUAGGAGAGGAGAUCGGAACAAUUCUAGAUAAUCGUCAAUACGGUGGAAGAUGUGGAAGAGUAAGAAGUGGCGAACAUAAUCAACUGUUUCGAAAACCAGCAAAUAUGCAAUCAUUCCGAUUCCAGAGUCGCGUCCAAACUACCGUGUCUGCAGUUUCAUACGAAAGCGCGAAAAGUUUUUACGAAUCUGAAAAAGGAGAAAUGGAACGAAAACUUCAGGGCUCGGCAUCGUUUUCUUUUGGAAAUAUAUUCAGCUUAAGUGGAGGUGCAACCAAAACAAGAAAUUCAAAAACUUUACGAAUCAUCGAACGCGGAACAUCUAGUGACGUCAAAUACUUCAGAGUUUUCAGCAACAUUGUUUUAUCCAGAUUCAGAACCAUUCGAAGAUCGUUUAAAUUGUCCCACUCAUUUCGACAACGGUUACUAGAACUUCCCCAACAUUACGAUUAUGCCAAAUAUUCGGAGCUCAUAACAGAUUACGGAACGCAUUUCUACUCUUCUGGUGUGCUGGGCGGCCGGUAUGAAUUCGUGUACAGGUUUUCGAAGGCCGAACUCAGAGAAUCAGGUUUAUCUGACGAAGAACAGAGGAACUGCUUAAAAACUGAGGCUUCUUUUAAGAUAUUUAAGCUUGGCAGCAGCGGUGGAAGUAAUAGGUGUACGAAUAAUGUAUUGUCACGACGACAUAACGGAAGUUUUACAAUGGCUGCUAAGGAAGUUAUAUCAAAUGUGAUUGGUGGGCAGUCUCAUACAGCUAGUGCUCUCAGUUUCUUUGCUAGAAACCGACUUACAACAAAUGCUUACGAAAACUGGACAGCAUCAGUUAAACUUAGCCCUGCAGUCAUCGAUUUCAAGCUGCGACCCAUAUCAUCGGUCAUCCCAGACAGAGCGAAGCAGAGAAACAUGGCUUUGGCAAUUGAACACUACUUCGCUAAAUACCAGACUUCGAAAUGUACUGGCCGUUGUGAAAAUAGUGGUAGAUCGGUCGUAGUGAGAGAUGGGACAAUCUGCAAAUGCCUUUGUGCCCCUGGUCGUUCAGGAUCAUCAUGUGAAAAUUGAUCAGCUCAACUUAAAAACUGUAAAUAGAUCACCAUGGGCGUUUUACCACAUAAAAACGCUAAAUCUUCACUCUUGUAUAUACAACAUCUGGAUCCAUAAUAAUCUUGCAAACCAAGAGACAGUAUACACUUAACAGAAGCUUUAUUUCCAACAGCAAAUUGACAACACCGCAACCAACCACGUUAAGCACCUUCGGUGAAGGAAUGAACUGAAUUUUCCAAGCAGUAAUAGUACGGUUUAACUGAAUAUAAACACAAUAAUACAUGUACGCCAUUCAAAGCCAUGGUUUAAAAUCAUAGAUAGUCUUGUCAUUUUAAAUAA